AAACGCAAUGUGAGAGGGAAACAGACGAUGUGGUUGAAGAAUCGCUGAUCUGACACCAAAAUACCCUUACACAUAAAAACAGGCAAUGAGGCAUGACAAAAUGUUUUGAGGCUGUGAAAGGUUUGCCAAACAUGAAUCUUUAAACGGUUGUCUAACUAGGGCUAUUUUCCCACUUUCAUGGCUGAAGCUUUUUGCGACUCUUUUUUGAUACUCGGAAAUAAGAUCAGAGUGAGAGCUCUUCAAAUUGACGAAUUGUCUGUACAGCCUACAGUUUAACGUCACACGUAGAGCGGCGCAGUGAAUUCUGUCACCAUCGCUGUUGGACUUGCUGUUUCGGAGAUUCUGUUCGGUUCCAUUUUUAUUUGGGUUCAAUUUCAGAUUAACGGCGUCGGGCUGUAAACAAGUGAUUGAUACACAACUAUUGUGAGGAUUUUGUUAUCUUUAUACGAACACCGGAAACGGUUCAUUAGGGCGAAAGUUGAGAGUCGAGAUGAGUGUGGAGGCGUACGGGCCGAGCUCCCAGACCCUCACCUUUCUGGACACCGAGGAAACGGAGUUGCUCGGUGCGGAUACCCAGGGCUCCGAGUACGACUUCACUGACUUCACCCUCCCUAGCCAGACGCAAACUCAAGGCCAGAUCGAAAGCCAGCUGGACAGCCAGGUAAAUGGUCCUGAUGAGGGUCUUCUCAACAAUGGAGUGGAUGACUCCGUGGCCAAAGCCAGCCAGCUAUUAGCCGAGCUCAACUUUGAGGAGGAUGAAGAAGACACGUACUACACCAAAGACCUACCUGUGCACGCAUGCAGCUACUGUGGUAUCCAUGAUCCAGCGUGUGUGGUGUACUGCAAUACCAGCAAAAAGUGGUUUUGCAAUGGACGUGGCAACACUUCAGGCAGCCACAUUGUGAACCACUUGGUGAGAGCCAAAUGCAAAGAAGUGACACUGCAUAAAGAUGGGCCGCUGAGUGAGACGGUGCUGGAAUGCUACAACUGUGGCUGUCGGAAUGUCUUCCUCCUGGGCUUCAUUCCGGCCAAGGCCGAUUCUGUGGUGGUGCUACUCUGCAGACAGCCAUGUGCCAGCCAGAGUAGUUUAAAAGACAUCAACUGGGACAGCUCACUGUGGCAACCACUGAUCCAAGACCGCUGCUUUCUGUCCUGGCUGGUGAAGAUCCCAUCAGAGCAGGAACAACUUAGAGCCCGUCAGAUCACCGCCCAGCAGAUCAACAAGCUGGAGGAGCUCUGGAAGGACAAUCCCACUGCCACAUUGGAAGACCUGGAGAAACCCGGUGUGGAUGAGGAACCCCAGCAUGUGCUGCUGCGCUAUGAGGAUGCCUACCAGUACCAAAAUAUCUUUGGCCCUUUGGUCAAACUGGAGGCUGACUACGACAAGAAGCUUAAGGAGUCCCAGACCCAAGACAAUAUAACAGUCAGGUGGGACCUGGGGCUGAAUAAAAAGCGGAUUGCCUAUUUCACACUGCCCAAGACGGAUUCAGGUGAUAUGAGGCUGAUGCAAGGUGACGAGAUCUGUCUUCGGUAUAAGGGAGACCUGGCUCCGUUGUGGAAAGGCAUUGGCCAUGUCAUCAAAGUUCCUGAUAACUAUGGGGAUGAAAUUGCCAUUGAGCUGCGUAGCAGUGUUGGAGCACCUGUGGAAAUCCCCCACAACUUCCAGGUGGACUUUGUGUGGAAGUCCACUUCUUUUGACAGGAUGCAGAGCGCCCUGAAGACGUUUGCUGUGGAUGAGACCUCAGUGUCUGGCUACAUUUACCACAAACUGCUGGGGCACGAGGUGGAUGAUGCCACCAUAAAGUGCCAGUUGCCAAAGCGUUUCACUGCCCAGGGCCUGCCUGACCUAAAUCAUUCACAGGUGUAUGCUGUGAAGACGGUGCUACAGAGACCUCUCAGUCUGAUUCAGGGUCCCCCAGGCACUGGGAAGACCGUCACCUCUGCCACCAUUGUUUACCACCUGUCCCGACAGGGCAACGGACCAGUUCUGGUGUGCGCUCCCAGUAACAUUGCUGUGGACCAGUUGACUGAGAAGAUUGACAAAACUGGGCUGAAGGUUGUCAGGCUGUGUGCCAAGAGCCGGGAGGCCAUCGAGUCACCAGUGUCUUUUCUGGCUCUGCACAACCAGAUCAGCAACAUGGACAGUAUGCCAGAGCUUCAGAAACUACAGCAGCUGAAGGAUGAGACUGGUGAACUGUCAUCUGCUGAUGAGAAGCGCUACAGGGCUCUGAAACGCACAGCUGAGAGGGAGCUGCUUAUGAAUGCUGAUGUGAUCUGCAGCACCUGUGUUGGGGCUGGUGACCCUCGUCUGGCCAAGAUGCAGUUUCGGUCCAUCCUAAUUGAUGAGAGCACCCAGGCCACUGAGCCUGAGUGUAUGGUGCCUGUGGUGUUAGGAGCCAAGCAGCUCAUUCUGGUGGGUGACCACUGCCAAUUAGGUCCUGUGGUGAUGUGUAAGAAAGCGGCCAAGGCAGGCUUGUCCCAGUCCCUGUUUGAACGCUUGGUAGUUUUGGGGAUCCGGCCAAUCCGCCUGCAGGUCCAGUAUCGCAUGCACCCGGCUCUCAGUGCCUUCCCCUCCAACAUCUUCUAUGAGGGCUCCCUGCAGAAUGGCGUCACUGCAGCUGACCGCAUCAAGAAAGGCUUUGACUUCCAAUGGCCACAGCUGGACAAGCCCAUGUUCUUCUAUGUGACUCAGGGCCAGGAGGAGAUUGCCAGUUCUGGAACCUCCUAUCUCAACAGGACGGAGGCUUCCAACGUAGAGAAGAUCACCACCAGGCUGCUGAAGGCUGGAGCCAAACCCGACCAGAUCGGUAUCAUCACCCCAUACGAGGGUCAGCGCUCCUACCUGGUCCAGUACAUGCAGUUCAGUGGCUCCCUGCACACCAAACUUUAUCAGCAAGUGGAAAUUGCCAGUGUGGAUGCCUUCCAGGGCAGAGAGAAGGACUUCAUCAUCCUGUCUUGUGUCCGUGCGAAUGAGCAUCAGGGCAUCGGCUUCUUAAAUGAUCCUCGUCGUCUCAAUGUGGCGCUGACCAGAGCCAGGUAUGGUGUGAUCAUUGUGGGGAACCCUAAGGCCCUCUCUAAACAACCCCUGUGGAACAACCUGCUUAACAACUACAAGGAGCAGAAGGUCCUGGUGGAAGGGCCCCUUAACAACCUGAGGGAGAGCCUCAUGCAGUUCAGCAAGCCCCGCAAGCUGGUCAACACCAUCAACCCUGGGGGACGUUUCAUGAGCACAGUGAUGUACGAUGCUCGUGAGGCCCUCAUCCCUGGCUCUGCCUAUGACCGCAGCAAUGCAGGUAUUUAUUUUUGUUUAUUUAUGAUCAGGAACAUGUACUUUCAAACUCAUGACCAGAUCGGGAUGAUUGGGGCAGGUCCUGCUCACAUGGCUGCUAUGAAUAUCCCCAUACCAUUCAACCUGGUGAUGCCACCAAUGCCUCCACCCAGCUACCUGGCUCAGACCAAUGGGCCAGCCGCAGGUCGUGGAGCCAUGAAGGGUAAGCCUGGCCGUGGCGGGCGCCAGAGGGUACGUGGCUCAGGAAACCAAGGUGCCAGUCAGGGUAAUGGACCAAACAGUCAGGUUAGCCAGGAUGGGGCCUCCCAGUCCUUCUCCCAGGGGCCAUUGACGCAGGGCUACAUCUCAAUGAGCCAACCCUCUCAGAUGAGCCAGCCUGGCCUCUCCCAGCCAGAGCUUUCCCAGGACAGCUACCUGGGUGACGAGUUCAAGUCCCAAAUCGAUGUGGCUUUGUCCCAGGACUCAACCUACCAGGGUGAACGUGCAUACCAGCAUGGCGGAGUGACCGGACUGUCACAGUACUAAAGUGAUGCUUGAAGAACGGAGCUAGGCUUGAUCUGAGCUUAGUUCAUCAGCUUUUUAACUGGGAAAUAAUAAAAAGACAAAAUGGAUACCUGUUUUCCUCUGCUACAACCGAAGCACCACCGAGUGAAAGCGACGGGAUAGCGAAACCAAAUCGAUGACCAGCGCGAGAAAUAAGUGAGAAGACGAAGAAGAAGGCUCAAACAGACAGGCAGGGACAUGGCAAGAGAGGCCGUGUGACCAAGCGAGAGGCAGGGACCAGUGCCCAUGCAAAGUGAAGGAGAAGAGUCAAGAAGAGUGCAGUGUGUGUGGUCCAGCUGCAGAGGGAAGCAGCAGAGAUCUCAGUGGCAUCUCAGGGGUAUCCAAAUAAGCCAACUGAUCCCCUUCACCCCACAGCCUCCAGGAAAGAAAGGAAAGCUCUUAAUGCUUCUAUAGAUGUCUUCAGAUGAGGACCCAAGCUUCCCAGCUCAGUUUGAAGAACUCGUUCUCCAAACCUGGAUGGUCACAGAAAGCCUUCGAAGAGGCAACACAAAAUCCCUAUGCUAAAAGUUGGUUAGUUACGUAAUCUGUAUGAUAUCCCAGACUACUUAAAAUUAGGUUUAUCACGGGAGGAGAGUAGCAACAAAAGACAUCUGCUGUACCUCGGCAGGAAGCAGCAACACAACCACUCGGAGAGGAAACAAAAACAUGGUUUCUGUGCUGAAGUCUAAUAUUAAAGAGCCUUGAAUUGAAAUACCUUUUUAUUUGCCUCGAGAACCACUGAAUAGUUCACUAGGGGUUUAAUGGGGUGGUUUUGACCGCACGUCAGUGGUGGAGGGGCACAGGGAUUUCAGACUUUUCUCAAGGCACGAAUCCCACUGAUACCACAAACAUCAUGGGAGUUUUUUUUCUCAGAAGUACCUUUCUUAUAAUGGAGCACAAAAUUGCAAAAAAGUCAUUGAAACAAUCAAACACAACCAGCACUGAAUAUUGAACUCGGUGUCAUUUGAUGUUUCAGCGAAGGCUUUUCUUUAUUUUAAUCUUCUGAAAACUGGGGUCAUGAUGUCCUGCUGUGCUUUAUGGCCUGACUGCUUUUUUUUUUUUUUUAAACACUCUGUGCACACUUCAGUUUGGCAAAUGCUUGAAUGCUUUGCAUUGAGUGACUCCUCAGGGGACUGUGGACUGUCUACACUCAUGACACAAAUCCCUGCUCAAGGUGAAACUAAUCAAUCCACCACAGGUAACUAGUAGAAAAGGAAGGUGGCAGAGGAAGAGAGGGGUUAGAGGGUUUCCCCAUCUGGAAAACAAGUUCAGGUCAUGGACAGGGUUGAAAUGUUAGAGGGAAACAUGGCUUGACUACCUUCAGUACCACAAAUUUGAUCAAGUGUCAUUUCACACAGCAGUUUGAUUUUGUUAAUGUUCGCCUGCUGGUGGCCGAUUUACCAAGCCCCACAGUGUUAAACGUAUGUCAGCAGUGACCCAAAUGUUCUGAUUUACAGAUAAUCAGGUUUUAAAAAGAAAAUCUGUCAGAACCUUCAAAUACACCUUGUUUUAAAAUUCAUCUUAAUCUGAAAGGAUUCUUUGUAUAGUUUAAAAUGAACCUACUCCAGUCACAGACAGUUAAAGGACCAUCAGUAUGGAUAAGAUGAUGGCAAGGUGAUAAAUGAAACAGAAGUGAGAACCCUGAAUCAGUGCCUAUAACCAAUCAUCUUCACAAACAGCUGCAGCACAAGUAUGAAUGUAGAAAAUCAAACUACCAGCAUUUAAACCCUCCGGACACCACAGGGCUCAAGGAACCCAGAGGAAAGGACUUUUUUUUUUUAUUUAAUAUCAGGCCAGGUAAUGAUGAGGUCAAGAAGUUCAGCUGCUGGGUUGUGUAAAGGAUGGGCUGCUGGGGGGGCGAAGCCACCUUCCUUCUCUGUGCAGUAGACACAGACUGGUAGAAUUUCUUUUUCCUUCUGUGGACUUUGAUUUGUGCAAAACUGUUUUGCCUGCACUAUGUAGAGUUCCUGAUUUCCCUUCCUGGACAGCUGUAUGAACCAGAACCUCAAGCUGAUCCAGACUAUGCUUUUGUCAGGUGAUUUUCUGCUUUAUGCGUUGUGUUAUUCUGUUAAAUUGGGUGUUAUUUAGCCAUUUUGUGUGAUUUUACUAAAGAAUUUUGUAGCAGUUUGCUGACAAAUGGAAUGAAAUGUUGUUCAUUAGAGUUUUGUAUCUCUUCAAACUGUCCGCGGGAUUGUAGUUUUGUAACUCUUCCAGAAAAAACUUUCUCAACACAGAAUGUAUUCCAGUGUUGUUUCUCACCUGCUUCUCAUCCCAGCAGGUAUGACAAUCAUGUUGCGAAUAGACAUGUCUAACUUGAAAGUAGCUGGGGUUUUUUUUGACAACUUUUCAUUUGUGCGAUUCAUUUCACAUAUCGAUCCGUACCGCUGAACUCCUAACAUGUUGUAGCUUUAAAAACCCGCUGUCGGAAUUUUAUUGCUUUGGUGUUUUUCCCCAUCUCCUGAGCCACAGUGAACUGCAACAUGCGCAGUAAUCACUGAGGUGAUUCAGUUGUAGAUUAACCAUUUGCAUCCAAUCAUGCAGAGAUCAAAUUGGACUGGAGAUCUCAAUGUGAUGUAAAUACCUAUUUGAAACAAUCUUAUUUGUAGUGACGUUUCAUUACAUCAUCUUAUUAAACUGAAUCAAUAAAGUCCAAUUGAGUAGG